AUGCAAGGCAGGAGGGAUGAGACCGAUGGCAGCUCCUGUCCCCAGUGCCCGGGGACCCAGUGCCUUGCGCCUGGGGAGAGGCCACCCCGUGACCCCUCCUGUCCCUGGCACCCCCAUCACCAUUCCUAUCCACAUCCCCGUCACCCCUCUUGUCCCCAGCCCCCUCCCAUCAACCUUCCUGUCCCCAGAAAUGCUGCCAGCAAACAGGCGAGGAAGCGUUUCUGCCUGAAGCUGCGUGCGCUGGAUAGAGACGGGGGGGAAAAAAAGACAACUAAGGAGCAUCAACCGAAACUAAACCACCGGCUGCACCACCGCCAAAGCCAGCUCCUGCCCUUCCUCCAGCUGGGAUCAAGCCCUCGGCAAGACGAGGAUGUCACCGUGCCAUGUGCCGCUGCGUCCCGGGAGAUGGCAUCUAUUGCAGAGGCCUCUGGGUCGCAGCACCGGCAGAUGAAGGUGAGGAGGAAGAGACGCCAGCCCCCAUUUGAGGAAGCUUUGCUGAAGCCGCAGAGGCAGGAGGACGCGGGCAUGGUGGUCCGGGACCUUCUCCCCCAGCUCUGGAGCCAGCUUCACUGGCAUGCCCCGGAGUGGGAGCUGCCCCUGGCCCUGCCACCUCCACCUUGCAGCCAUCCCCAGAGAAAGCCCAGCUCUGCCCCAUCCACCCGCGAAGGGAAAUUAUAA